AUGGUCGCCGCCGCGGCCGCCGCGGCGGCGAGGCUCCGACUCGUGUGGCGCGCCGUGCGCGCGGCGGAGGUGCUGGCCCUGGCCGUCCUCGUCUCCCGCUCCCUCCCCCUCCUCCCCGCCGUGGCGGGCGCGGCGUCCUCCGUGCUCCGCCUCGGCGCGUCCCUCCUCCUCCAACCCUGCUCCGUCUUCCUCCUCGCCAACGGCAUCGUGGUGCUCCUCGUUGCGCUCUCCCGCCGUGACCGCUCCUCCUCCUCCUCCUGCUCCGACGCCCACGACGUACACGACCAGCUCCUCUCCUUCGCGAGCGCGGAUCUGCCGCUCCCCGCGAUCACCGAGGGGGAGGCGCCGGGCGAGGAUCAGGAGGGCCCGGUGUUCGAGGACAAGCAGGCGGUGCACGUCACGCCGGCGCGCCCCGCCCCGCGUCGGAGCAGGUCCGAGAAGGUCGGCCGCGGGAGGAGGACGAGGGCGGCGUCGCCGGAGCUGCGCCGCUUGGAGUCGGAGCGGUGCCGUCGCCGCCGUUCGCUCUCCUCGGCCUCCCCGGGGGACUGGGGCGCCGUGGACGAGGAGGUGGAGUUCCGGAGCGCGGUGGAGGCGUUCAUCGCCAAGCAGCAGACGCGGUUCCACCGGGAGGAGUCGUCGUUCGUCCUGGUCGCCGGCGCCGGAGACGAGAUCACCGCUGCCGCCGCCGCUGCCGCCGUUGCUCCAGUGAAGUGAAGCGAGGAGAGGGACCUCUCCAAGCUCGAAGAGCGUGACGAUGAGUGUGAAAGGAUCGAUCGGUGGGGAAGCGUGUAAAGAAUGUCUUGGUGCCUUGUUGAGUGUACAAGUUUUGCCUUUUGUCUCUUGUCCUUCCAGCAUCUGGAAAUGUUUCUUUUCUUUGCUUGCCUUUUGGCGUGUCUGUGUCACUGCUAUAGCUCCAAAAAAGUUUCUUCCGCUCGCUGCCAAUGUACCGCUGGUACCAAUCGCAGCAAUUCAAAUUUCUCCGUAGCGCCAAAUGAAUGGCACCAUAGUCCACAGAGGAGUACCACCGGACCAGUUUAUGAUUUUUCCUGUAGGAAUGGACCAUUUUUUCUGCUGAAACUCUUUGGC